GCCGUUGCCGUUGCCGUUGCCGUUGCCGUUGCCGUUGCCGUUGCCGUUGCCGUUGCCGUUGCCGUUGCCGUUGCCGUUGCCGUUGCCGUUGCCGUUGCCAUGGCAGCAGCCGGCCCGGGGCCUGCCCGCGGCUCGGAUCCGGAGGCUCUCGUUCGGUGUCCUUACGACAGCAGCCACCGGGUCAGGGUCUCCAGGCUGCCCUACCACAUGGUCAAGUGCAGGAGGAACAACCCCCAGGCUGCCCACGGGCUGGCUGUGUGCCCCUGCAAUGCCAGGCACUGCCUGCCCCCGGCUGAGCUCCGGAGCCACCUCUCUGCCUGCCCCGACAGGGACCUGCUGGGCCUGCCCCAGGGCGUUGACCUCUCCCUCGGCCACGAGAUGAAGCAACCCCAGGUGCCCGCGGCCAGGCCGUGCCCGCCCUGCAGGGAGGACUGGGAGGCUGAGCUGGAGGGCCUGGAGGAGCCUCCCCCCUUCAUCCUCAGGUGUGGCACAGAGGCCCUGCGCCCCUCGGGUGCCAGCUGUGCCCCAGCAGCGCCCACGGGGCAGGAUGGCGGCAGGGGAGCUGCAGGGCAGGCAGCAGUGGGCAAGGAGCAGCAGGCACCGAAGCGACCCUGAAGAGUGGCAGCAGCAUCAGGGCAGUGCCAGGCUGUGCCCCAGCAAGCACCAGCGGAGACACAGAGAUGCCAGGGCCGGCGCGGGGGGGGGGUUGGCUGUGCCCCCUUGGCAAGGAGGGCAGAGCCAGGAGGGUACCACAGUGACACAUAAAUGUUGUUAAUAAACCAC